UUUCGCCCGCAAUGGGAACGAGGCUAGUGCACCACCAUGGGCUCAAUCAGCUUAUGGGCCUGUGGGCGCUGAUGGCCCCCAAACCCCCGCUGCUUAGGGCUCUUCUUCUUCUUCCUCCCCGCUCCAGCCGCCCCCGCGCCACGCACACGGCAAUGGCAAGGCGGCGCGGCUCCAAGGGCCCUAACCCCGACCUCUCCCGCACCCUCACCGAUUGCACCCGCCGCGGGGACGCCGCUGCCGCCAUGGCCGCUUUUGACGACGCCGUCUCCGACUCCGACCCCGACGCCCCUACCCGCCUCGCCGCCCACCAGUACAACCAGCUCCUCCAUCUCCUCGCCACCGCCGACCGCUCCUCCUUCCCCAACCCCGCUGCCGCCGCGCGCCGCGUCUUCGACCACAUGCUCCAGGCCGGUGCGCCGCCAUCCGAGGCCACCAUCACCUCCCUCGCCCGCGUCAUCGCCGCCCCCGACACCGAUAAUCCCGCGUCAGCCGCCGACGAGGCCUUCCAGCUUGUGGCGACCAUGAAGGAGAAGCACGGCCUCGCCCCGCGCCUCCGCUCCUACAGCCCCGUGCUCGCGGCGUUCCGCCGUGCCGGGGACGCCUCCAAGGCCUACGCUGUCGAGGCCCACAUGGCAGCCUCCGGUGUGUCGCCUGAGGAGCCCGAGCUGGCCGCGCUCCUGGAUGUCAGCUCCAGAGCCGGGGACGCGGACAAGGUGUAUGAGUAUAUGCACAAGCUGAGGCAAACCGUGGACUGCGUGAGUGAGGAGGCUGCGCAAGUCCUGGAGGGUUGGUUCAGGAGUGACAAGGCGGCGAUGGCCGGUAAGGCUGAGUGGGACGCCGCUCAGGUGGAGGACGUCAUUGUGUUGAAUGGUGGCGGGUGCCAUCAGCUUGGAUGGCUUGGGACUGGCCCUUGGACGGUGCAGCGGGUGAGAGCUGGGGCUGAUGGUCAGUGUGGUGGCUGUAAAUGCCGGCUUGCUUGUGUUGACAUUGACAUGGAGGACACGCAGAGGUUUGCUGAUUCUGCUGCUGGCUUGGCACUUGAGAGGGAAACCAAAGCGAAUUUCAGCCAGUUUCAGGAGUGGUUGGAAGAGAAUAAGGAAUAUGAAGCUAUAGUUGAUGGUGCAAAUAUUGCAUUGUAUCAACAAAAUUUUGCGGAGGGCGGUUUCAGUUUGACUCAGCUGGACGCCGUUAUAACAGAGUUACGGGGUAGAUAUCAUGGUAAAUGGCCACUUGUCAUUUUACAUAAUAAACGAAUUGCCAAGCUUAUGGAAAAUUCGUCCAAUAGACAUUUGAUUGAAACUUGGAGAGCAAACGGAGCGUUGUACACUACACCAAGUGGGUCAAAUGAUGACUGGUAUUGGCUAUAUGCAGCAAUCAAACUAAAUUGUUUGCUUGUGACCAAUGAUGAAAUGAGAGAUCACAUAUUCGAGCUUCUAGGAUCAUCCUUUUUCCCAAAGUGGAAGCAACGUCACCGGGUAAAGUACACCUUUAAUAAAGGAAAAGCGGUGCUUGUGAUGCCAUCCCCUUAUUCUUCAGAGAUUCAAGAGUCAGAGGUGGGAUCUUGGCAUGUUCCGAUGGAAGAGAGGUCUGGCGAUGAGCGAGUCAGGAUUUGGCUUUGCAUUGGCAGGACAGGGACCUGCAAAGUACCUGACAAAAUUCCUACAGCUAAUGGAGUUGUCCAGGAAGUUCCUCAAAAUGGGGCAUCUAACUGGGUGCGACAGAGUCUGCAAGAAGAUAAGGCUGAGUCGAUAACUGGUAAAAGAAAGGAUAGAGAGUGAUUUCCUAUCCAGCAGUGGCAUCUAUGGUGGGAGUGGUCAUCCAUGAGCAACUGAAGCAUACUGUGUUUCUGCAAUCAGCUUGGUUGUGUAUUCCACAAGCAGUUUAAGAAAUGGAAUGCAAUGUUCUUGUCAUCCCAAAUAUUUGGGACAAUGAUCAUUACCCUUCCUUACAGUUGUGCGCCAGUUAGGUUAGAAGUCUAAUGAAAAUCAUUGGCAAAGGAAACUACACUGGCACUAAGGAUUUCAUUGAUUCCAUGAUUCAGUGUAAAACUCAACUGGGUGUCUGGGUAUACGUAUACCAUUGUUUCUUUUGUCCGGUUAAUCAAAAAUUUAUUGCAUUCUGUAUCCAUGAUAACCUUUCAAGGUGACAUUGUUGAGCUGUACGUUUAUUAAACACUCAUCAGAAUUUUUAAUGCUUU